GCGAAAAAUAUGUAAACAUGUCGUUGCAAUCCCUAAUGGUUCGCGAAGUUGUUCCAGGUUGAAACUAUAGCGCAUUAGGAAAGUUAGCAAUCACGUAUUUAUAAUUUUAUUGAGCACGAUAACCUUUUAGUAUAGACAUUGAAUCAGGUUAAGGAAGCCACUUGGAUAGCAGUUGAGACAUAAGUGUGCUACGAUGUCAUCAUCCACUGAAAAUAACCAAGAACAGGCAUUGAUUGAAAUUGAUGAGUUAGAACAAUUGCUUCGCGAUGCAGAAGCGGAAGAAACCGGCCUAACUAAGGCUAAUUCUUCUAAAAAUAAUAAGUCAUCUUUGAGUGAAGCUGUGGUCAAAUCGCCUUCACUCUCGCUUUCUGGUUCAAAUUUUCUUCGUGGAUUGGAACAGAAUACCACUACAGGUGAUACCUCACAGAAGAUAAACAUCAAAACCAGUGCCAUCCAUAGUGGCGAUACAGAUUCAUCCGAUGAUGAAGAAACGAGAAAUUUUCUCGAGAGAAAGUACGACGAGUAUGGAAAAAGUAUAAAUUUACUAUUGAAGCAAAAAGAGGAGGAAAAGAUAGAUUUUCAAAUUUCUAAAUUUAUUGAUAGUGCUUUGAAAAAGGCGGACAAAGAUGUAGCUCAUUGCUCUCAAAAAAUUGAACCAAAAAGAAAUUCUUGCCCGAAUGUGCGAGCGUUUCCUGGUGCAACAAAAGCUGAUACCGUUACAAUUGCAUCGAAUGCUAUUCCGGAUGUUUUCAAGAAAAGCGUGUAUACUGAUCCAAUUUUUGGAAUUCGCAUCGUUCACCCACUCGUUUCUAGCGCUGUUUUGCAAGAACGUAUGCAAGGACGUAAGCCCGUUUCUAUGACUCGCAUUAAAUCGCACAUCGAACAUGGAGACUUAAAAGAGGAUUGGGCUAUUGCCGGUGUAGUCGUAAGCAAAAGUGCAACAAAAACCACAUCUAAAGGUGGACAGUUUGCGAUAUGGAAAUUAAGUGACCUGCACGGAGAAAUAAAAAUGGUAAGUUUGUUUCUCUUUUCCCAGGCAUACAAGGAUCUAUGGAAAACAGCAGAAGGAAUGGUUAUUUGUAUUUUAAAUCCUGGGGUUUUUGAACGAAAUGAGGAUAGAAAUUCGGAGGCAACACUUUCUAUUGAUAAGUCUGCGAAGGUGAUGGUGUUAGGCCAGUCAAAGGACUAUGGAACAUGUCGUAGUAAGAAAAAGAAUGGAGAAAAAUGUACGGCUGUUGUGAAUUUGGGACAGUGCGAACAUUGCGUUUAUCAUGUCAAACAGGAGUAUAACAAAGCAUGCAAUCGAGGGGGACUUAUUUCUUCUACUGCCGGACGAGGACUAAAUGAACUAAGAAAUAAAGUCCUUGGCAAAAAUGAGGUUUUCUACGGCGGACAAAGUUUUUCUGCAGUGAAGGCUACAAAAAAUCCAAAGCAAGCUCAAAAAGAUAAGACACGGCUUAUGACGCUUUCAGAAUAUUACCAGUCACCUUUUCAAGGAGACAAUAACAGCACUGGUACUCAAAGAAGUGUUGCAUCCCUUCCGUCGUAUCGACAACAGCAGCUCAACAGUGCUGCCCCUAAGAAAGGUUCGGCUUCUGGAUUAGAAACAAAUAUUAAGCAGCGAGAAAAGGACGUGGAACGGUUAAAACAAUUAGGGAUGAAAGAAGUAGCUUUAUCGACCCUUUCGAAGGAGCCAUCCAAACAGGAGUUGAUACAGGUUCCUCGUUCAACUGUUACUAAUGGAUUCGAAAGUCGUUCAUUUAGUUUGGAAGCCAAACAAGCACCUAGAUUAAGUACUGGUAAUUUUAUUAUUGAUUUGGGCGCAUCUCCGAAACAAAUUAUCCACUCGCGACAAAAAGCUGUCGAAAUCAUAAAGAAGAAACCGCUUGAAAAAUCUAACCCAAAUUUCAUCAAACAUCGUGGAACUGAGGCUGGCAAGAAACGGGCUUUGGAGCAAAUGGAAUCCAACGGUGACUCAGGGGGUCCUGAAUCAAAAAGGCAAAAAGUGGAAAUGGAGCAACAAGCGCGCCAAGAACGCCUCAAAAAGAUCAUGGAAGCUUCUUCGUCUCACACGGAUUUAAUAAAAGCCCACGAGGACGAACAGCAGGAAAAGUACUUCAAAGAUCUCGAACGAAAAGAAGCGAUGGAAGAGAAAAUGAUGAACACCUUCAAAGUCGCGUGCAAAGCAAUCAUCUGCACGCGCUGUAAAUAUAUUGCCUUCUCGGCAGCUGACCGUUGCAAGGAGGAACAUCACGAGUUGAAAGUUCGAGAUGCCGAGAAACGGUUUUUCAAGUGUGCAGACUGCGGCAAUCGGACGGCGACGUUGCAUCGGCUACCGAAAACAUCGUGUAACAAUUGUCAGAGUUCUCGAUGGGAGCGCUGCGCGAUGAUGCGUGACAACAAGGGACCGCUGCUUGGAGCAUCGUUGUCCAUUCGAGGUGACGAAGAAAAGUUCUUGGGAAGCUGUGCCAACUCGGCUAAUCUAAACUUAUUGGUACCCGUCGAGGAUGGUUAACUCGAAACAAGGCAAGUGUCUAGCCCUGAACUAGAAUUUUUCGAGUGAUGCAAAUUGUGUGAUAUAAUUGCUCGUCUGUAUACUGCCGCUCUACGAAGAAUUGUCCCAUGUGCUCAGGGAAUCUUGCAGUACAUGGGAUAGUUAUUCGUAUAGAUGCAGUAUACUAGAAACAUGAAUCGACUUCAUUGAUAGUAAAAUGGUAAAUUGACCAAUUAAAUAACAAACACUCGCA